CCUCGGCGUACAUAAUAACAAGGACUUGAUUUCGAAAAGUAACGAAUUCGAAAUUUUUCCCAACAAUUUUAUAAGAAAUGGACAAGUAUGAACGAGACCGCGAAGGGCUUAUAAAAAAGCUACUUGAAUCAGUGAAACAGUGCCAAGUUGAUUUUGGUGGUAAAAGUAUUCUAGCUUCUGAGAAAGAUAGUAGUGUAUCUUGCUUGGUUGCACAGUUUGAGCAGGCGUUUCAACAUGGACUAAAAAAAAAUAAAAUGUGGGAAAUGAUUAGUUCGUAUGUAGAACCUGUCAGGCAAAUUACAGACAAGAUGCUCUUAGAGAUUGAUUUAACAUUUUGGUCAGUGGUAAAAGAAUAUCUUGGAACAUCUGAACUCAACUACUUCAACACUUUACCAGAUAUUACUACCGAUUCAGGAAAAGCAAGAGUUUGGCUUCGAACUGCCAUUAAUGAAACUACUCUAGAGCGACAACUUCUUCUUAUACUAGGAAAUGUUGCAUUGUUGAAACAGUUUUAUGAACCAUGGGCUUUAUUUAUUGAUGGCGAACGCUCAAGUAUUAUUCCUGUAAUGGCUCGUGGAUUAGCUUCCAUUGUUUUUGCAAUUGACGUAAAAAACUCUUCGCUAAAUCGACCUUUUAAGCAGAUAUCUGUUCCCAAUGGCUCAACAAAAAGUGAGAAAGUUGCAAGUAAAACUCAUCGUAGAGUUAAUUCGAGUCCAAUGCUACAGCAAUGUAUAGCAGAACCUUCCAUAAUGAAAAAGAUUAAUAUGAAAAAGAAAAAGAAAAAAAGAGCAGUUAGUGCAGAAAUAACUGAUCUUGAUGAUGGGAGUAAUCUUUAUUCAGAUUCAUCUCGUACAGAAUCAUCAUCUUAUACUGAAAACACUUACUGCUCCUAUAUCACAGCUAACAUGUUAAGUAAGAACAAAUCAUCUACGAAUCAAAUACAAACACAUCGUAGAAAAGCUUCAGCUCCAAAUUCUCAAACCAUUUUUAACACUUCUCAAUUUGAAGAUUUGAAAAAUUUUUCAAUUAAAGACUCUCAUUUAAUAAACUCAGAAAAUAUUAUAGAUAAUAAGGAAAAUAAUGUACGUUCCUGUAUCCAAAAAAAAGGCUGCAAUGUUGAACUAAAAACUGAAACAAAAGAAAUGGUUCAAACACUUUGUACUAAAAACUCUUUUGAGCAGAAAGAUAAAAUAGGAAAUUUGAAAGACAGCAAUAAUUCAGAGGAAACAAGACCAAGGACGGGAGAUGUAGUAUCAGAUGAUAUAUUAAAUGUGAAAGAAUUUGAACUAAAAGUAGGUUAUGAAGAUAAUGAAAAUUAUACAAAGGGUUCUUUUGUUCCAGAAAAUGAUGACGUGUUUGAAAAAAACUUUCAAGUCAGUUUAACAAGGCUAAAUUCAGGGGAGAAGCAACCAGGGAAGAAGCAUUACCAACUAGAAAAUUUAGAAAAGUAUGAAGUUGAUAAUGAAAGAAAAAUAUCAAUUGAAAAUCAAGAACAAAAAAGUUUAGUUACUAAAAAUUUUUAUGGUAAAAACACAGAAAACGUUUCUUUUGAAAUUAAGUCAUCACCUGAGUGCAUAGAAAGUUUUAUACCAUACGAUGAAAUUUCCACAAGAGCUGCAUCUGAUAUGUUACCAUUAUUGGUAUGUAGUAAUAUAGAUAAAGUGUUUCCUGUUUAUCAAUUACCAGAAGAAGAGAAAAAUUUAAAAGGUAGUUUUGGAGAAUUAUUGACCAAGGAAUUUCCACAGAAUGCCCCAGAAAGUUUGUCAAUUGAUGAUUUAAAGCAAGCAGUUUUGGCCACAGUAAAAAAAAAAGACGAUGUUGAACAAAAAAAUUUAGAUUUACAAAGAGCUUUGGAUGAAGAACGAAACAUAAACAGAUGUUUAAAAAAUGAUCUUGAGUGUGCCACUAUUAAGAUUAGAGAAAAAGAAGAUACUAUAGAAAAAAAGCUCACAGAAACAUUGCAGGAAAAUGAAAUUUUAAAAAAUCAGUUAAAAAAGUAUGUAGCUGCUGUAAAGAUGCUGAAAAAAGAGAAUGGAUUUACAAUUGAUUUUAUUGAUGGUUAUGAGGUUGUGGAUGUUUCAACAAAUAAUAAAAACGAUACAUAUGACACUUAUGAAGAAAAGUUAUCACAGAUGGCUGAGUUGCAUGGAGAAUUAAUGGAAUUCCAAGAACAUUUGCAAAAGCAGUUGAUAAGCCAAGAUAAUCAAAUAUCUCGUAUGAAACAGGAACUUGUAUCUCUGAGAGGUCCUCUACCAAUUGAUCUUUUACCAUCAUCUACAUCAGCUUACUUUUUUAUAAAAAAUUAUUUUACUCCAAACCGUUUGGUUAGUAUUUUGGUUCCCUCUGUUUUUCUAAAAAGAAAAGGCACAGAGUCUCAUCAUCUAUAUCAGGUAUAUACUCGUAUUGGGGAAGAAGAAUGGAAUGUUUACAGAAGAUAUUCACAAUUUAAUAAACUUCGAACACAUGUAUCAAAAAUGAAUCUAAAAACAUUAGAGAAAUUUGAUUUUCCGAAAAAAAAUGUUUUUGGGAAAAAGGAUACUAAGUUCCUAGAAGAGCGUCGUCUACGUUUGCAAGAGUACUUGAGGACUGUUAUUAAUGCAUGUAUAUCAGCACAUCUUUCUAUUGAUAAUUCAAAACAAGAUUUGAUUAAUCACAUACCUUUUUUUGGAGAAAAUUUUUGUGACGAUAACCAAAAUAAACUUUGAAAAGUAUUUCAUUUUUUAAUUGACUGGCGUUACACAAUCACGGCUACGACGUUACACAAUUACGGCUAUGACGUUACGCAAUCACGGCAACGAGAUUCGGCUGGUGCAAAUAGUUGAACAAGAAUCAAUUGCGAUUCAGCUCGAGCAAGGAAUUGAAAGAUGGCAGGGAAGUAAAAAUAAACAAUAAUCAAGUUCUAAAUUCUUUUGUAAAUAUUUAUAAGUGAAGUUUAACUUCAUUUUUCAUCUUUGUAUAUUUCAUCAUCUAUACAUUUUCUUUUUUUCUUUUUUGUUUAAUAUAAUUUGGUCUUAUAAAUAUUUUUUACUUUUCUAAAACGUAUUUGUUAAAAAAU